CCGCUCCCUGAGCCAUCGUCCCGGGUUUGACUAUUAGUUGCCUCUCUCCAAGACGGGUGGAGUCCCUUGUUUGAUCUCCCGGCUGGGCCUCACGCUCUUCAUCUCAGAACACAUGAGCCUGGGUGGUGGUGGCUAGUGGAUUGUUGCGAGCCAACAUGUCAGGCACAGGAGGCAAGCAUCCUGGUGGGCUUCAGGGCACAAUGGGCCCCAUGUAUUAAAUCAAACUGCGCGUCCUCCGAUCAUGGCCAGUCUCGUCUUCCACAUCGUCAACUCACCUGCUUCUCCCUCCCCCUUCCCAUCACACGUGCUCUCUCCAAAACCAGUGCAUAUUGGCCGAAGACCAUCAUCGCCUCGUACGGGUCCCUGAGAUCAUACAGACAAGCACCACCACCAAAAGAGAUACGCCAUGGCAUCCGCGAAUGGCAACGUCGUCCAGGAGUCGCCUCGGCUCUACGGGCUUGGUGCUGAGAGUGCGAAGCUAAAGAGCGAACUCCCCAACCUCCCCUUGACCAGCGCGAUUCUGGCAUCCAAGGCAUCAAAUAACCUUUACUAUAUCUGCAACACGGUCAGCCACGCCCUCUACGACCUCUAUGAACAUAUCGUAGCCGAACUCGGCAAGCAGGGCGGGAAGACCGCGGUACCCGCUGAUAUUUACAAAGAGCCCCGUAUGCAGGCGGCCAUGCUAGAUGCAAAUGAUUUUGUUCGUACGGCACGGUAUCACCUCAAUCUUCCAAUCCACCUGGUACAGGAACACAUUGCUGCCAAGAUCAAAAUAUAUGACGACAGGGUCAAGGUCAUGGAGGUGGUUACUGCGCAUUGCAACGAAAUUCGCACUCAACUCGCAGGUAUGAGCACGAUGUGGCCACAAGCAGCAGCCGAGGAGGAUGCAAAGGUCAUACACGAUCUGGUCAAACUCACAGACCCAAUAUUGCAGACCUUGGACACGGCCAUCGACAGUCUCGACGGGGUCCUCAAGGGAAACUGGUUUCCCAAAGAGCCUGAAAAAACAAUCCAUGCCGAACUUGAGUCAGCCAUGAUAAAGGUGAAGGCGCUCCAGAUAUUCAAGGGACACAUUGCCGCUAAGAAGGGCAAGAAAAGAGACGCGCCAACCUGGCAGAAGUGCCGGGAAGAGUGGAAUCAGCUAUGGCCGGCCGUUGAGAGGGAUUUGCUCAAGGACAAGUUGCCGACCUGGGAACAGAUUCUCGGCAUGGCCAAAGCCGAGGUAGAACAGUACAGGAAAAUCCAGUUUGCCAAUCCUGAAGAGACGAGAGCCGUUCUCACGGAGAUUGCGACGGAAUACCUCACCCAUUUGGAUCCCACGAUGAUCGCCAGCAGGGGAGCCCAAGCCACCAUAACCGCAGACCGGCUAGCCGUCGAGGACCACCAAAACAUAUCCGCCAUCGGCUGCAUGGAGCUGGCUUGCCGCAUCGUCGCUCAAGGCUGCAAGUCACUAGACGAUUUCACGAAGAUGAUAGAUGGCAAGGCCUUCAAGCAUCCUAACAGGGCCACGCCAAAGGACGAGCCAUUUUACACGUCGGUCGUUUUCGUUUGUCAGAAUGACGGCAAUAACGGAGGCCCCAUGGUGGUCACAACCUCGCUGGAGUACUCCAACUACAUCCCGUCGCUCGAUGCGGCCAACAAGGCUCUGCGAAACCGCAUUCGUGUCGUCAAGAAGCCUGUAAGCGACAGCGACGUGGUCGGGCCGACAAACACUGCCGAGAAAUAUUAUAACGAAGUCGAAAGACUAAUCGGUAAUAAGUCUGGUCCGGACGCCGUAGCCUUGCGACAACAAAGUAUCAGGAAAUUCCGCACCGAGCAUUCCAAAGGCUAUUGGAGCCAUGCCAAGGAGCAUGCCAUGGCGCUCUGGGGCACCAACCUUGUGCACAUGGGCCGGUGCCCUCGCUGCACGUACACGGCAGACUACGACAUGCACGCAAAGUGCGUAUCCGAGGAGCAAGCCGCACAAAGGUCGAAGGGUGGAAACUGGGUGAAGUUCAACCUGGGCCACACCUGUGCCGAAACCAUGGCUGUCGGGUACUGCAAAAAUACCCACGUCAGCGCCUAGACCAUGGGGAAAACAUUCAAGGACAAAAGAGAUGUAACACAAAACAAAACGAAAAGGGGGGGUUGGCUUGGGCGAAAGGAGUACGAAUAACCAAUUGUAUUCCAUCAGACGCCCCGAGCCCUUUCCAACACCCCCCCAC